UCAUCUUAUAAAAUUGUUAUAAUAAUUUCUACAAUUACUUCAACAAACAUUGCAGUGUAUUGCAGCCAAACACUUUCUCCAUCUGACGGUAACCACUCGAAAUCAGCUGUUGUUGCUCCAAGAGAGGGGGAAUUCAGUCAAUCGCAGGUCAAGUUCUAACCUCUACGUUAUUAUCCCGAACAAAAAGCGUUAGUGUCUUAACAGUGUCCAACAAUGUCAGUGUGGAAAACAUGAGCCUUCGUUGUAUCGACCAUAAUCCCACAAAUAUUUCAUAACGACUCGUUAUAAAUCAUGUGUUCAUUUCACGAAACGAGAUGUCAGUGACUCAUGCAGUGCAGUGUUCAAUAAAUUCCUUUAAAUUUAAUUAUCUUUGACACAAAUUGUCCACUCCUGCAUAAACUGUUUAUUUCGCAGUUCAAUCCUUGAGAAGGUCGUGCGCUAAAUCGUAAUAAUGUAAUUUAGCUAAUCGUCAUUUCGGGCUGUGCGUCGUACACCUGUUACUUAUUCACUCAGAUGAAGUUUUAAGAUAACAAUAGCAAUAUGGAGAAGACCAAGUCACGUCAGAAACGAAAGAAGAACGGUAGAUCGUUCUACCUAGACCACCAGAUACCCGAUGCCCCGACAAUGGAAGAGUUCGAGUGUCUCCUCGGUGAGUCCCCAACGAACUACCCCAGAGUCGAAGGCAUCGAGAACAUGGAGAGUGAGCUCCACUCAGCCGCCAUCGACACAGAGUCCCUCGAGAAACUCGAUAUCCCCUCAAAACUGGAAUUCCCAAGUCCCCCAGAAGCUCAAGAAGUCGACCAGGUGGACUCAGUGCCCUCAGCAUCCGUUACCGUGGAAGAUAACCCGGAAUCUGUCGAGGAGAUCCAGGACCUGGUGUCCUCCGUGAAACUCUCAGACUCCCCAACAGCCCCGAACAUCGAGGAAACCCCGAUGAUCACCUCCGCCACCUCCAAGGUCGUUCCACCCUCUCCCAAGACCACGUCAUCACCAUCUGACCAGGUUCACUCAUCUCCAAAGACUUCGGAGACCUCAAGAAUCAAGACGAUCACCCCCUUCACAGACAGCCAGCUAGCCUCCCUCUACACGAACCCCGAGCUCUCCCUCGUGGACUCCUUCAUAACCGAAUUCGUCGAGACCCAGCUGCGUUCCAGCGCCGUUAGACAACAGCAUCGCCUCCACGAGCUGCUGAUGUCCUACCUCCGAGUCCGCAACCACCUGAUCCUGAACUCCCACGAGCUAGAGCUCCUCAAGAAGAACUGCAAGGAAAUUCAGAAGCAGCUCUGGCACCUGGACAAAGCCUCGGUAACAGAAUCCGGUGAAUGCCAGGACGGCAAUCCAGUUUCAGCUUCUCACGAAUACUCAAUAGCCCACUUCAACCAGCACGCACUCACCUCAUUGACCAAGAACCUCUCCGCCAUCAAGGAACUCCUCCACAACGCUCAAGCCCUCUACUCUUACGAAGCCGAGAUGCUCAAACUUCAGAUCGAACAUUACGUCCAACGAGUCUGCAUAUCCUGCAAGGAGCUGGCGACAUUACCUCAAAACGCACCGGUCAACCUAACUGCCAUCCAAAUGCCUUCUCAAACGAUGCCACAGCUCCUGGAGCUCCGGAUGUGCAUCACCAUCCUCUUCAACUUUCAGAGGCGAGUCCUGAAGGACGGAAAGUUCGUUCUGGACUCGAGGGAGUGGCUGUCGAGACUGAUAGCUGUUCUACUGAGAGUCGCCAGUUGGCAGGACCACUUGUUCAUCCUCAAUCAUAUCUUGAGGUGCCCUGGGGGCGUCACAAACUGGGCAGCUGGGUUCGUCCAGGCCCCGGCGGCCCCUAGGAACAGGGGCGUCAGCACUUCUGUUCUUAACGAUCCUUAUUUGGAUCACAUGAUUGCGACGCUCGCUGUUAUCCUGUUACCCAUCAAGGAAAGGGAGAAGUUCCUGGAGCAGGUGCAGAUAUCUCUUCAGGACACUGGGACUAACCCUGGUGACACUGUCUGGGUGAUGCUGGAUGAGGAAGGAGAAGAAGACGAAGACAUUGCUAAUACAGGAGCUAACUUGUGGGAGAGCGAUCUCAUCACUCUUCUUAAUCAAAUACCAAUGGACAAGCUGUUUGAGCAAGUCUUGUUGAUCGAAAAGGUGGAGGAGGGCUACCGUCAGGACACCAGGGGCAUCACCGAGCACCACAUGCUGAAGAUAUUUGCCUUCUUCACAGUCGUCGUGAGACUGUUCAAGCAGGGACUGAGGACUUAUGAUUCUCCGAGGUACAGACAACUUGCCAAGAGACUCUCUGCGCUUAUCAGGGACGUUGUGCAAUACACCAGUGACCAGUGGGAGGCCUUCGACAAGACUCAAGUGUCCGAUCGAUCGAUGCUAGCUAGGUUACAAACCGAGUAUGAUUGUUUCUUCCUGAGAGCAACCAUGUGCAUCUUCUCGUCGAGAAGACUCGGCGCCUGGCAGUACCUCGCUGCCAUUCCUUAUCAGAACGUUUUCAUUCACACUCUGUGGUACAUAUUCUACGCACUUCAUAAAGACACCAUUUCCAUGGAUCCCGUCCCCGAUGACGUGAGUCCUCUGGAAUGGGAGACUGAGCUGAGUUCGACAGCGAUUAGGAAGCUGUUCGAGGAGAAGCUCAGUGACAUGCCUGGGGAUGAAUCUUACUUCCUUCUGACUACUUUCGCCAAUAUGGCGAUGGCCAGGGAAGUCAACGAUUACGAUUUCAUUCGAGCCACAACGAUAGACCUCUUCGAGAUCGGAUUCUUGAGUGAGAAGACUCAGGAGUCUUGCUCCAAAGACGCAAGAUCCUUGUUAUCUAACUUGACCAGCAAACAUCCUUCUUUACUUUCCGACAUUCUCUUCAAAUUGAAGGACAACUUCGGAUCUGUCGGGAAACUCAGUCUGUACUUGUUCACGGAGUUAAGCAUCAGCAAGUGGAUCCCGAGAGAGGAAGACGUCAAGAUCCUUAGAAAUUGGCUGCACAAUUUUGGCCUGUCGUGUACGGAGAGUCAUCUAGCGCGUCUCAUCCUCAAUCAUCUGAACUGGGGGCUCGAUAAGAACGGGGAUCUGUACCUUCCACUGCAUCUUCAUUACACGAUAGCUCUUCUAGUCGUGGAGUUGACGAUAAAGUUUGUCCCAGAUUCUACCCAGAACGCUUCGAUAAUUUCGGAGGGAGUGAAGCAGGUCUCCUCCAUGGUCAGACCUCAAAACAAUGAACAAGCGUUCGCUCUUUGGGCGUGGGACAUGGUGGCAAGGUUGAGGCUCCAUCAGCUAGAUCAGUCGAACAUUGUCUGUAGAAAUGUUAUGGUCAAUCCUGCUGGGGCGUUCGCCCAUGUCCCGGACAUGGAGUCAAAUCCUGCGUUGGAGGUCCUCAGAAAUGGCGUGAGGGACAUGCAGCCCAUGGCCCAUUAUGUUGCCGUUGUCAUGACCAUGCUCGGGCAUUCUGUCCCUCUCAUCUGUGAGGAGGGCUUCACUAGUCUUGCUGUGUUGACCUGCUAUCACAAGUAUGAACACAUACUGAUGGCUCUUCAGCAUAUUAUUCCACUUUUUCUUGACUGCUCUGAGUCCCUCAUGAAGACUGUCAUGUUUGCGAGUGUUAUCAAGUCGCUGAUUGCUGCCGACAGGACUUAUGUGAAGAUGGCCAAGAAUCUGAUUGCUCCGGAAUUUCCUGGACCCAUGAUCAAGCAUUUCGGAAACAUGGUGGAGAGUCAUAUGGUUAAUUACAAAAGGUACUGUCUGCAGACUCCCGAGCCCUUUGUCAGACUCUGGCUGGAGAUUCUCGUGGGAUUGCCUGAUUGGAAUAGGGAUCAAAAUGUCAUGUAUCUCAUGGAUAUUGUCGUUCGAGCUGCGUUUUUUCACAUUGACGCACGCGCAACUGCUGAAAUUAUUUUCCAAAGUUUAUACUCGAAUCUGAAAACAGGCAAGUCAUCAGGCUCCAUCAGUUCGUUUCUGAGCUGGGCGACAGGUGCAGGCAACUCCCCAAGCCUCCUAGGUGGCUCCACCCAAUCAAUCUGGCUGGCCUACCUUGUCCUGACCAUCGAGCAACAAGAGAAGGAGCUCAAACCGGGCCUCUGGUUUGAAUUCCGUCGAGAGCUCUCCCAGCAAUCGAAACCCUCCCUGGACACAGCUUUAAAACGCGCCUGUGUCAUUCGAAAAAUUGCCCCCUUCAGCUCCAACUGCCUCGCGAUCUACCGGUGGUCCCAACAAGCUUUGGACACUCCAAUGAGCCAUCCACUGCUGCCCCUCCUCUGGCAGAACUUCUUCUCACUAUUUCUGUCGAGAGUGCCAACAUCCCCAGGGAUGCCAGACCGAGGUGGAUUCGGUGAUAAAUUCUUCGAGGGAAUGAUCAACCUGAGUUACCUCAAGAGAGUGAAGAAACGACUGCACGACACAACUGAAUACUUCCAGAGCAAGGGGGAGCAUGAUGUUGAUGAUGGAAGACCCAUGAGCGAUGACAGGAGAGUCUUCUACUUUAGUGCGGCCAAAUACUACAAGACUCUGAGUCUCUGGCUGGAGGAGCCCAGGCUCCAAGAGUCCGGACUCUACCUUCCAGCACUGCCACCCCAGUACAUGUCCCAAAAACUUAUGCUGCUGAUGCAGGAUGAUCACACUCCCUGGCUGGAGUAUGUUGACUACUGGCAGGUCCACCAGGAGCAAUUGAAAUCCGCCUCUGAAUGGGAGAGGACGUGCUCAAGAGACAUUGACGAGGCUCAAACGAAAAUAGUGCAGACUCCGACGUCACCUUUGGAGCCCGCCGAUCCCAUGAUGAGGAUCUUCAGGAGACUCAGGAGUUAUGAAGCUGCUGAGCCACCUCCGGGACUCUGCAAACACACGAAUGUUGUGGAACACGUGUUCAGGGAGACUCUUUAUGGACCUGAUGACGUCAUCAAAGCUGCUAAACCUCAUCUCAAGGUCAUCACGGAUUAUGCACAGACUUAUAAUCUGAUGGUGUCGGAGCACACGGCUGUGGACUGCAAUUUUCUCGAGUUGAUUCCUACUUUGUACAGGGAGGUAGAGAGCAGGGUCACUCUUCAUGCACUUUGUGAUCCAGCACCUGCUGGACAACGACGCUCGAGAUCAGGGACCCCUCCAACAGUUCACUGCGCUGGUCCCGCGGUGAUAAGAAUCAAGAUAUCCGAGGCCAAAGUGAGCGACGGCGUCGACCAAAUGAUCUCCCAAAAUCGCGCUGAAUACGAGAACCUCCUGGUGAAAGCCUCUCAGCCCCCGCCCACCAAAGUCACCCAGGGCUGCGUGUUCGCCGACCACUUGAUAAAUCUCCUCGAGCACGAGUUGAACGUCCAUCGCACAUGUGAAAACACUGCCACACUACGUAAAGUCCAGGAGAGUGGAGUAACCCUGUUCUACCACCUCGUUGAGUUUUACAACGAGGAAGCCGCGUUGUGUCCACCCACCAAGCAACUGAUCACGACGUGCAUCGAGAAGCUGGGACAGCUGUUCAUAUCCGGCGAGGAGGGAGAGGGGCCAAGGCUGCUGAACACCAUCAUGGAUAGACCAAGCCUGGGAGGUCUCCUGGGGCCUCACUUCACGCCAGUCGCUGGUGGAGCAUCGACCUUCCUCCAGAUGUACCAGACAGUUGUGGACCUGUCUACAGGCUCAAACGCCGAUCUAUGUUUCGUUCUUCUCUCUAAAUUCGACGUGGGCAGUUGGCUCAACUACCGCAGACCGAGGCUGAGUGAGAGAUCGAUGUUCAUCGAUCUAGUCUGCAAGGCCCUCUGCAACAUUGGACUCAACCCAGAGGACGACAAGCUGAUACUCCACGAAUUAUUCAGGAAUCACCUGAGACUAGUUCUUCUUCACGACUUCCCUGAGCACUAUGGCGAGGUGUUGAGCGCUGUCUUGAGAGGCAGCGAGGGCCAGAAUCUGUCCCUCGACGUUUGGCGGGAUCUCCUGGGGGCGUUGAGUGGAAGACCGAAGGGUGCGGGGGUCAUACAUCCCAGCAAAGUCAGGGAGGAGAUCAGGAGGUAUGCCACCGAGCAGAGGCUCCUCUCCAGACAGGAGAUCCAUGACACUGCGGUGCUGUUGAGCAAGCACUUCAUGAAGGAACGACUCCAGUAUGGACUUUAUGGAUUGUACCCCAAGUACAGGGUGUACAAUGAGCCACUCAUCAUGUUCCUGGGGAUGAUUGGACAUGCCCUUGUCGUUUUGACUCUGCAGUUUGACAGGGGCUCCCUCGCUGAUCAGCUCUGCGAGAGGAUAUGGCCGGUGUUGAGCGACAUGUUUGCCCCCUGGAUGACCCCCUAUUGGACGAGAAACUUGAGGGAGCCCACUGCUGCCUGGAUUCAACAGCUCACUGACGACAGGUCUGUACUUCUGCCCUGGAUCAUCACUGAUGGACCUCAUGCCAACAGAACUGUCGCCAUGUUUGUCGAGUGUGUCAGAUUCAUCAUCGAUACCAUGCCUGCAUCCAGCAAAAUUCUGGGAUUCCUGUGGCAGUUUUAUGUGAAUAACUUUGCUCAUGCCUCGGUCAAGGAUCACAUACUCAAUGUUGUUCAUGGGAAUUUCUUGUCACUCCCUUGGGACAGGUUUUCACCUGGGGUCAGUGAUGUCGAGUUUAUGGUGAGGGUCGUUGAUCAGUAUCUACCCGACAGCCAUCUCUUUCUGGGGAGUGUUUUUAGCGCCGUUAAUUGGACGGUUUGGAUCAAUGAAGUGGUCAAUUGCCAGACUUUGACUGUCGCUGCUAGGAUGCAUGUCUGCUUGCUCAACUUGAUGGUCAAGCUGUCGAAUGAACCCAAUGUGCGACAGAACGAGAGGGCAGUUCAACUCGCAACAGAGGCUGAAAAAUUCGCUUGGCACUUGGUUGACGCAAUGGCCUAUGAUCAAGUGAUAAACUGGCACGUAAUGAGCUGCGAUCCACGUGUUAUUCUGUCUUAUCCCGGUGAUCAAGCUCAUCCGAUUGACGUUGCUAUUAAUAAUCUCUUGAAAGUUGUUGCGGCCUAUGACCCAUCGGUGACCCACUUCCACCCGACGACCCUGAAAAAACGUCAGAUGUACGUGCGUUCGUCCGUGAAACUCCUCGUGAACUGCACAACAAGGCACAAAUCCCUCGUAUCAACGAACAUGAAGGCUUUCACAUCGGCGUUAUCGAGAAUGCUGAGUGAGAUGGAGAUUGUGAUAACGAGCACAGUAUCAGAGCCCCAGCAGGCAGCAGAGGCUGGCCUCCUCGUCACCGAGCUGCUGCACUCGGUGAAUCAGAGUGGAGUUCUGGUGGAGCAGUUGAGAACGAGUUGGGCGAAUUGGUUGUCCGAGAAGACAGCCUCGUCGCCGAUCCUCCUGGGUAUCCUGAGGGUCAUCGGAAUCGCUGUGCCGUCUCCCUCGACCUUGGGGGAGCUCAUGGAGGCCGCUCUUGGGGCGUACUUCAAGCACAGUGUCACUGACGACCUGGAACCGACCUGGGGGGGUGUCUUGGCCAUUCUGCAGCCUGUUGUUCCCAGGCAACCACCUGUCGAGGGGGUGCUUGUCAGCGAGGGCAGGCUUCUCUCCCUCUAUGCUAUUCUCAUGAAGAGGUUGCCCUCCUGCAGGGACAUCAGGGAGGAGGGCAUGAUGCUGGUUAAUUUGAUUGAUUGGAUUUCAGCUAUUAAACCGAUGGAAAAUAUCGAAGCUAAAUUACCCCUAUUAUGGGCGAAAGCAUUUGAAUUAUCGUAUCGUCAGUGUCAAUACAGUGAGAAUACAAUAAUAGCAGCACGUUCCCUGAAAAAACUUGCUCGUGCCUUAUUAACAAUGGCCGACGACGUGGGUCAAGGCUGGGGCAUACUCGGUGCAAUUGGGAUUAGAAAAGGAUCGCAACUUUCAAUCAGAUGCAAGUUUCUAGCACGUGCACUCGGUGUUUACUGUCUAGCACAGUUGCCGGAUUCCAAGUCGGAGCAGCAGAUUGUACGUUUCACUCCUCAUUCACCUGGUAUUGCACCGUUGAGAAGCAAUGAGGUGGACACACUCGAGAUCAGGCCUAAUGCUGAUGCUGUCAAGGGAAUUCAGUGCCUUGAAGCACUUAUUUGUAAUAAACAGUAUGCGGAAUUGAAGGGGGAUGUCGAGGGGGCACUCAGGAUAAUCAGGGAUUCAGCUAAUUCACUUCAUAAUGCUGUUAGUGUCACUGGAACACUCACUAAUGAACUCUACGAUGACAGGUUUCUUCAUGUUUUGACGGAUUAGAAUUUUUUUAACGCAAAUUAAACCUCUUUUUUGAAUUUUGCAAGCGUUAUAGUUGAAAUUUAGUCAGAUUUUUCAACGAAAUAUUAAAUUCUGGGGCGAAAUGGUGGAAUUAGAUGAGUUAAUUCUAUUUUGAGAAUAAAUCUAGAGUAAAUAUUUUCCAAAAAUUCAUCCCAAUGAAAACGAAAAAUUGAAAUUUUCCUUUUUUUUCUGUAGAUUAAGGCUUGUUCUUUGUUAUCUAGUCAGUAAAAUACAAUUUUUUUGGUAUUUUGAGAGGUCAUGAAAAAUAUUUCCAUUUAAUUUAAUUAAAUUUUGUUUGUUUAUCACAGGGUUUAAUUUCAGCUUGAACAAAACGAAAAGUACUGGAAAGAUUUAAUGUAUUGCUUGGCCUUAAUCGAGGCUGUGAUGUUAUUUAGAGUUAAAUCGAUGUUGUAAAAUCGAGUUUAAGCUGUAAACAGUUGUUUUAUUUUUAUUGCGAAAAACGUACUGUACGUGAGAGUUUAUGGAAUAUUUAUUGAAGAAUUAUCUGAGCUGCUGAAACAAUGUUCUUUAUAUUUUUGCGUAUAAUUGAGAGAGAUAUAUGAUUAACAUAAAUGAAGUGAAUUUUCCAUUUUCUUUUUUAUUUAUUAUCACUGCUUUAAAAAGACACUAUUGAGAAUAUAUUGAAAUUUACAGAUCAA